AUGUCGUGCAAGACCUACAAAAUCGCCGUCAUCCCCGGCGACGGAAUCGGACAAGAGGUCAUGCCAUGUGGCCUUCAAGCUCUCCGCGCCGCCUCUGCGCGAUUCAAGUUCGACCUUUCCAUCACCGCCUUCGAUUUUGCUUCGUGUGAUUACUAUGAUAAGCACGGCAAGAUGAUGCCAGACAAUUGGAUCGAGCUGCUUACCCCCUUUGACGCGAUCUAUUUCGGCGCUGUCGGCGAUCCAGCCCGUCACCCUGACCAUGUUACGCUCUGGGGAUCAUUGCUGCAGAUGAGAAGGCAUUUUGACCAGUACGUCAACUUGCGCCCUUGUAGAUUGGUCAAAGGCGUACCUAGUCCAUUGGCUAGUCCGGGCGAGAUCGAUUUUUGGAUCGUGAGGGAGAAUACCGAGGGAGAGUACUCGGAGGUAGGAGGCAAGAUUUUUGAGGGUACAGAGAGAGAGACAGUGAUUCAGGAGACCAUCAUGACUCGUGUAGGAGUGGAUCGUAUCCUUGAAUACGCUUUCAAACUCGCAAAGACCACCAAGAGAAAGAGAUUGACAAGUGCGACCAAGAGCAACGGCAUCAAAAUCACCAUGCCCUACUGGGACGAUCGCUUCAAGCUCAUGUCCACAGCCUACCCAGAAGUUGCGACAGAGCAGUUCCACAUCGACAUUCUUACCGCUCACUUUGUCGCUAAGCCCAGUCACUUUGAUGUUGUGGUAGGAUCCAACCUACAUGGUGAUAUCUUAUCCGACCUGGGCCCCGCCGUAACCGGUACGAUCGGCAUUGCCCCUUCCGGCAACAUCAAUCCGGAAGGAAAGUUCCCAAGUCUGUUCGAACCUGUACACGGUUCAGCUCCAGAUAUCAUGGGCAGAGGAAUCGCAAAUCCUGUAGGUAUGAUCUGGGCAGGUCAGAUGAUGUUGCUGCACCUAGGCGAGAAGGAGGCAGCAGAGACCAUGAUCAAGGCAAUCGAUUUUGUACUGGGUCAAUCAGAUCAGAGCAUGCUGACACCGGAUAUGAAGGGAAGAGGUACAACGAAAAAGUUGGGAGAUGCGAUUGCGGAGGCUAUCGCCUCGGUAUGA